AUGCCCAGCGUUUACAAUUUUAUUAGGGAAGUCUACACUGAGCUUUUUCCUUCAACCGAGUUGCGUGAGCAUAGACUUCGCGCUGUCGAUGAUAUAAGUGAAGCGGAAUCAAACGCUUCCCAGAUCACUUUUAUGCUUUCUGUGUUUAAAAGUGAAGUGAAGAAACGAUAUCCCUACCGUGACGAUAUCAUUGCUACAGUCGAUAGGGUAAAUAAGUGCUUAAGCGAUGAACACGGUGGUUUAGACCCGUUACUCUUUCUUUAUAAGUUUGAAUCUCAAAUAUACGACUGCUUAACAGCCUCAGCGCUUCCAUCUUCCCAGGAAGGAAAGGCUUUUAAGGAAAUAGUGGGAAGAUGGUCAAAUACGACUCAAAUUAGGAAAGAGUUUUCUUUUCUAAAAGCCUACAAUCAGAGAGGUGAAUGUAUUUAUACACCUAAGAAUGAUAUUGAAAGUCGCCAGAUAACAUCGACAUAUGCUACUGAGGAGGAUGCUUUGAAAACUGCGGGGGCGAUGCAAAAAUGGAUAGAGAAUAGAUACGGAACCAUCUUCUAG